ACCUGCAAUCACUGGUCCUACAGUGAUUAUUCCUCAGGAAUAAUUACUAUGUGGCUCUUGCUAUCCAGCUGCCCUCCUGAACCAGGGUCCUCUCCCUGGCCUUGGCCAGCUUAAGCCACAUGUCUGCAAUUGCUAGGCUAGAGGGCAUCACCUGCCGUGAGAGAGUGUACCUGUCUUCUGGUGUAGACAGGAUGCCAGAAGCCCCCUCCCAGCAACCUCUGCACCCAGUGACCCCUCCCCAAGUCUGGGGCAGCCCUGCACAGUUCCUGUAUCUCCUACAUCCCACUGGCCCACGAGACUUAGUGAGGAGAAGUCUACCUUCUGGAGGUGGGGUGGGGUGAUGGGACAGGAGUCACCAUCAUUUCGGAGUUGGGGCAGAAUGGUUGUCUAACAUACUGCUAAACAUUAUUCAUUAAUAAAAAUUUUAUUUUAUCAGUAGAUUACAGACCAUUUUCUAAAAAGCCAAUUGUUUUUAUUACACCAGAUCACACGAUUUCACCUACCUUCUCCCUUAAUUUUAACCAUCCACCGUAAUUUAGUCCUGUCCCCUGCCUGACAUGCAGGGGGACCAAUCCUACCUGGGACAGAGGGAGGGCCGGUGCGGUGCGGGCCCCGCCUCUUCCGGCUGUGCCUCGUCUCCCAGCAACGGUCCUACGCCUUCUGGUUUCUUCCGCUGCUUUUCGCUGCUGCAGACUCACACCUUUACCAUGCUCAAUGCUUCCAAGCAGAGCUCUGCUGCGCUCAUGCCACCGCCUGAGGAAAUCCACAACCUCUGCGCCUGGCUGGACCGGCUCCCACUCAGCCGCCCCAAGCGCCACCUGGCUCGGGACUUCAGUGAUGGUGUGCUGGUGGCCGAGAUUGUGAAGCACUUCCACCCUCGGCUGGUGGACUUGCACAGCUACGUCCCAGCCUGCAGUACAGACCAGAAGCUGAGCAACUGGAGCCUUCUCAACAGGAAAGUCUUUCGAAAGCUGCACUUCUGUAUCUCAGAGGCUGAUAUCCAAAAGGUCGUGUCCAACAGGCCUGGGGUUAUCGAGUCUAUCCUGUGUGCACUGAGGGAGAAAAUGGAGGCCUGCACUGUUCAUCAUGUAGGCUCAGCUAGUGCAGCUGAUCCAGGACUCUCCAAUGUGGAUGCUGUUCGGCCUUGGGUAGGGCUCACCACCCACCCAUAUACCGCUAGGACUCAAGAUCCUAACGUGGAUAAUUGUAGCCUCUCAGAGCCCCUCUGUGGAGAACAUCGCUCCAUUCCUGAAGGCUGGACACACAGCAACCAUGAGCUCACAAACCUUCAAAAGAGGGCAGGCCUACAGAGCCCUCCAGCCCCCUUCAGCAUGAAGACCCUUCAGAAUCAAAGGGAUUUGGAGAAAAUGGGCGGCUGUGCUUGCAGAGGGGACCCAGUUGAAGGGCUCUGGGAUCACCUGACCAGAAUCCAGCAGCAGCUGGAGGAUAAGGAGCAAGCACUAGCCAUUCUGCAGGAGACAGUCAAGAUUUUGCAGAUGAAGGUGAUGAGAUUGGAGCAUCUGGUACAGCUGAAAGACCAACGGAUCUGGGAGCUGAUGAGACCUGGACCCGAGGAGCGUCAAAUCUGGAGGGGCCCCCAUCCAGAGUCAUUCAGACCCUGACCCGGAGCCCAGCUGGAGCCUCUCACUGGUCAGGCAGCUUUGGAGACUUGUGAAUGUGGGAACAGCUGUAGAGGCCGGAGCACCCUGGGGCUGGAGGCAAAUGUGGACAGAUUUGAGUUUGGUUCUCCCAA